CCGCCCAGCGCCAAUAGAAACCUAUUGCAGGGUAAUCUGAGCCCGGAGAAAUUCGCUGCUGCGGUGCAGGCAUCAACCCCGAGGCUGGGGCUGCCGUCGGGCGGGGUGCUGGGGGGCGCGUGUCUCUGUGGCGGGCCAGGCAGCGCGGCCUGAGGGGGAAGGGAGGGGAGCGCCCAGCGCGGCGGAGCCAUGCAGUACCAGCACCCGGCCUCGUCCCCGGCCGCCGCGGCCCUGGGGGUGAGCGUGCCGCUCUACGCGCCCACCCCGCUGCUGCAGCCCGUGCACCCCACGCCCUUCUACAUCGAGGACAUCCUGGGCAGAGGGGCCGGCGCGCCCCCCGCGCCGCACCCCCUGCCCUCGCCGGCGCCGCCGACUCUGCCGUCUCCCAACUCCUCCUUCACCAGCCUGGUGUCCACCUACAGGACCCCCAUCUACGAGCCGACCCCGAUCCACCCGGCCUUCUCCCACCAUCCUGCCCUGGCUGCUACCUACGGCGGCAGCACCUACGCCGGCCCCCUGUAUCCUUUCCCCCGGACCGUGAACGACUACACGCACGCUCUGAUCAGGCAUGACCCCCUGGGGAAGCCCUUGCUCUGGAGUCCCUUCAUCCAGCGCCCGCUGCAUAAGAGAAAAGGGGGGCAAGUUCGCUUCUCCAAUGACCAGACCAUCGAGCUGGAGAAGAAGUUUGAGACCCAAAAGUAUCUCUCGCCGCCGGAAAGAAAACGGCUGGCCAAGAUGCUCCAGCUCAGCGAGAGGCAGGUCAAAACUUGGUUUCAGAAUCGCAGAGCUAAAUGGAGGCGCCUAAAGCAGGAGAACCCUCAAGGCAGCAAAAAAGAAGAAACUGAAAGUGUGGACAGCCACUGUGAUAAAAGGCAAGAGACCUGUCUGACCCCUGAGCAGAAGAAUAAAGAAGUCUCUCUCGAUGGGUCUCAGUACACCCCCUCACCAGUCUCUCAAGAGGACCUUGAGUCAGAAAUCUCAGAUGAUUCUGAUCAAGAAGUGGACAUUGAAGGUGAUAAAGGCUAUUAUAAUUCUACCCAUUAGUGGCUCCACUUUUAAGAAUGGACCCUAAUUCAGCUUGCACUUUAAUAGGAGCUGGCUUGUAAAGAAUGUUUGCUACAGAAGAAAACUUUCACCAUUUCUCAGAGACAACCACUUAGUUUUGUAAAUCUAAAACCAAACUAUUUUGUGCAGACAGUUGAUUCAUGGUCAGAUCUUUAUUUUGGAUAAAGGAACAGGUUCAUGUUUUGUAUUUAAUUUGUAAGAUAUGCUUGUACAUUGAUUCAUGUUCUAACUGAAAUAUAAUAAUACUAUGUCCUGUCUUUACUGACUUGGGUCUGAUCCAGCUGUCUUUAUGCAGUCAGGCAGAACUCCCAUUUAUUUCAACUUCAGCUGGGAAGUGAGUCUGAACUGCAGGGCUAAGGACCUUUGUAUGUAUAUACAAAAUGUAGCUUAAAAGAAUAGACAGUCUUUUAAAAGUCUCCUUUCCUAUCAGAGGAAUAUAUUUAAUGAAAUGGAGAGGGAUUUGAUAAUUCUCAUCAAGUGCCUUAUACCUUCCCUCUCAUGACACAUAUGGUGCUUUUCUUCAAGACAUUAUUCUAUUUAUGCUACAGGUCAUUUGUAAAAGCUGAUUUUUACUUUUAUAUUACACACAAUACAUAUAUACAGUGUCCUUUUGAAUCUGGGGUCCCUGGAGAUGUUGCCUUGAAAUCUGGCUGAUUCUAUUUGUAGGAGAAAUAUUUUUGAUUAAAAUCUAUCAAACUGGUUUUGCCUGAUUUAUAGUUUACUUCCUCUGUUUCACAAGAAAAUGUGACAAAUGAUAGGGCCCCACUGCAGGAGAAAAACUGACAUCAGCUGCUGGAUAGUAAGGUAGGCAUACUUUAGCAGUGGGAAGUUAAUGCCUAUUGUACACAUAUCUAUCUCUGUAUAUAUUCCUUUGCUUUACAAGUCUUGCGGUUUUAUACCUCACAUUGUUCAUAUUUUGUACAUAUUUGUUUAUUGUUUUAAAAAAGCCCCAAACUGGUAUUUAAAUUUUUGUUUAAGAACUUGUCUGUGAAAUAAAACUGAACUCUGGACCACCCCA